AUGCCAUUUUCUGCGCUUGUGAGGUGUGCUGUGCUGCUAAUUGUCCUCUGCAUACGAGGAGGAGCGUGCGGUGGGAGUAAAAAGGAUCCAGAAGAGCUUAGGAGGCUGUUUGGCAAGUUUACCGAUAAGCUCAUACACACGAAGAAUUUUGAAGGCAGAUUUGAUCACACAUCAAUCCAUGAGAUACCAGAGAACAUAACUGUAGGCGCACUCAUGGUGUGCUCAAUGAUCAUUGGGUACUGCAUAGGCAUAUACAUAGAGAAGAUACAGUACUAUGCUGUGUACAUAAAGAGAACGUUCACUAAAGAGCUUAUACAGCUGUUUAAGGCUUCUUCUCGGCUAGAGCUAAAACACAGCGCAGCCGUUACAAUUCCCAGGUGA